AUGUCGAAGGCAAAGAAAAAAAUGAAGACUCCAUCAUUCUCUUUGCUUCUUACCUGCUGCUUCCUCUUUGCAUUGCUAAAUACCAGCAGAGCUAAUGAGGCUGAUCAGCUAAGAAAGUUCAUCAAUUCUAAGAGUUCAUCAUGGUUUCUUCAAUCUGAUUCACGGGCUGACUUAGACGCCACUGAGCCUGUUUCGCCGGUCUAUAUGAGCUCGCAGGUUGGGCUAAUGGAGGCUGAUAAGAUCGAAGCAUUGCCUGGGCAACCCGAGGGUGUCAAUUUCAAUCAGUAUGCUGGCUAUGUGACCGUGGAUCCAAAGAAGGAAAGGGCACUGUUCUAUUACUUCGUGGAGUCUCCUUACAACUCUUCGACGAAGCCUCUUGUCUUGUGGCUUAACGGAGGUCCUGGGUGCUCCUCAUUCGGAUAUGGAGCCAUGCAGGAACUAGGACCCUUCAGAGUAGAAAGGGAUGGGAAAACGCUUAGCAGAAACCAGUAUGCUUGGAACAAUGUGGCAAAUGUUCUCUUCUUGGAAUCUCCAGCCGGGGUUGGGUUUUCAUAUUCGAACACCAGUACAGAUUAUACAAGCAAUGGAGAUAAAAGAACUGCCAAAGAUUCAUAUACGUUUCUAGUCAACUGGUUGAAGAGAUUUCCACAGUACAAAAGCCGUGAUUUUUUCAUAACUGGAGAGAGCUACGUUGGCCAUUAUGCACCGCAGCUUGCCUCUCUGAUACUUCAGCAAAACAAAUUACCCAACCACACUGUUAUCAAUCUUCAAGGCAUUGCAAUUGGCAAUGCUUACGUUGAUACUAAGACCAACGACCAAGGAGAAUAUGAGUUUUUGUGGAGCCAUGCCUUAAUCUCUGAUGAGGCCUAUGCUGAAGUUCUCCAGGCCUGCAACUUCAUUUCUACAGAAGAAGACAGUACUUCUUGCCUUACUGCUGCAAACAACGCUCGAGCAACGUCUGGAAAUAUUGAUGAGUACAACAUUUACGCCCCGAUCUGCCUCCACGCUGAAAAUCGGACCAAGUCCAGUUUAGCAAUGGCUGAUUUUGAUCCCUGCACUGAAGACUACGUCACGUCUUACUUGAACAAUCCCAAGGUGCAUGAGGCUCUUCACGUAGACAUUACGAAAUCCACAAUCCCAUGGCAAGGUUGCAGUGAUGCUGUGGGCUAUUCCUGGAAAGACGCGCCUGCUUCGGUGCUCCCUCUCAUUAAGAAGCUUAUUGGUAGUAAUGAGACGAGGUUAUGGUUGUAUAGUGGUGACGUAGAUGGGGUAUGUUCGACUGCAGCCACGAAGUAUGCCAUCAAAGAACUAAAACUUCCCGUGAGGGAUUCAUGGAAAGCAUGGUAUUACAACGAGCAGGUUGGGGGCUAUGUUGUUGGAUACCAAGGAUUAGUAUUUGUUACAGUAAGAGGAGCUGGCCACAUGGUUCCAAGCUACCAGCCUGAGAGGGCACUCGCCUUGAUAUCUUCAUUCAUCCAAGGAAAGCUUCCAUCAACCACCUGAUACCUUGAGGAGCAGAACAAGGAUGUGGCUCAAUUUGGACUGCAUACACAAAGCUUGUGAUUCAAUGACCAUGGUUAAGAUGUUGCUCCUCAUCUGAAAUUAUAAAAUUCAAUUGGAGUAAUUUCAAGCUUCCGAUGAUCUUUUUUAGAUUUUUUCACUUCAACAGAGAAUAAAGAACAAUAUC